GACAGCAGGCGCAACUUCCGCUCUCAACUCCUCCUUUGUCUGAGUCCUUUCGGUCCUCCGCCUAGUUAUUUAUUUAUUUCAUUUUCGUUUGUGGGGUAUAUUUUUAUAUAUCCUUAUCUCUCGGUUAUUGAAUGACAUUCGAUUCCGACACAUAUAUGCCUAAAAGCAAAGCCCCCAAAAUGGAUGAUCUGGACUACAUCCCAGCGGACCUGAGCCCAGAGGAGCGCUCCGAGCUGGAGGAGAUCCGGCGCAGAAAAGGAGCGCUGCUUCUUGAGAUCCAGAGACUGAAAGAGGAGCUGAGAGAAGCCAUUAUAGAGGUGGAGGGGCUGGAGACCAGCACAGAGGGCAGUAAAACAUUACAGAAGAGUCGACAUGUGGCCAUGGGAAGGAAAAAAUUCAACAUGGACCCGAAAAAGGGCAUUGUGUUCCUAGUGGAGAAUGAGCUUCUCAGACACACUUCAGAGGACAUUGCUCAGUUUCUGUACAAAGGAGAAGGACUCAAUAAAACUGCAAUAGGAGACUAUUUGGGUGAAAGAGAUGACUUCAAUAUUAAAGUAUUGCAGGCUUUUGUUGAUCUUCACGAAUUCACAGAUCUGAACUUGGUACAAGCACUUCGGCAGUUUCUGUGGAGUUUCCGCUUGCCAGGCGAGGCUCAAAAAAUCGACAGGAUGAUGGAGGCCUUUGCACAGAGAUACUGUCACUGCAAUCCUGGAGUCUUCCAGAGCACAGACACUUGUUACGUGCUGUCGUUUGCCAUCAUCAUGUUGAACACUAGUCUGCACAACCCCAAUGUGCGGGACAAGCCCACGGUGGAGCGAUUCAUCAGCAUGAACAGAGGCAUCAAUGAUGGGGGAGAUUUACCAGAGGAUCUGCUCAGAAAUCUGUAUGACAGCAUUAAGAACGAGCCUUUUAAGAUCCCAGAGGAUGAUGGGAAUGACCUGACGCACACCUUCUUCAACCCUGACAGAGAAGGCUGGCUCCUCAAACUGGGAGGUCGUGUGAAAACAUGGAAGAGACGGUGGUUCAUUCUGACAGAUAACUGCCUCUAUUACUUUGAGUACACAACAGACAAGGAGCCCAGAGGCAUCAUACCAUUGGAGAACCUGAGCAUUCGAGAGGUCGAAGAUCCCAGAAAGCCAAACUGUUUUGAGCUGUACAUCCCUAAUAACCGCGGACAGCUGAUUAAAGCGUGUAAAACCGAGGCUGAUGGGCGAGUGGUGGAGGGAAACCACAUGGUCUACCGGAUCUCAGCUCCCACCCCAGAGGAAAAGGACGAAUGGAUCCACAGCAUCAAGUCUGCUGUGAGCGUGGACCCCUUCUACGAGAUGCUUGCAGCCAGGAAGAAACGCAUUUCCCUAAAGAAAAAAGAAGAGCAACCCUAGAAAUCCUCCAUUUCUCCUCCAUCCUUCCAAACACUCCAUCCAUUCUCUGAGAAACCAAUGAUACUUCAUUAAGGUAGCUCUUGUCCUCUCAUCAGAAGAAUCCGUAAUGCUGGUUUUAUGGAGAGAUGGAUGUCGUUGGGUAAACCUGAACGUCAUCGUCUUUGGUUUGGAUUUAGGUGGUCUGGACUGCACAAUUACCCGUCUCUUAUGUUAAAACUUCUACUACACUCAUACACUACAGUGUUCUUCACUAUCACACUAGUUUGUAGUCCCACACUAUAUUAUGGUGACAUUCCAUAGAACUUCACCGACAAACAUAACAAUCUGCAUCUCCAUCCUCACCUCAUCACUGACAGCGCUCACGUUCACUUGUACUUCCUCCGCUCUCACAUUGGGUGGCGUCUGACCAUCAUUCCUGCUAUUUACAGCAUUUUACUGUGAAGUUCUUACACAUACAGGGUAGACGACCAAACAGCCUGAUGUAUUCUUCUUCAUCACCUCCAUCAUCAGGGACAGAUUCAACCGAGCCUUUAGCAGAAAUGAGCAGGAAGCUUCGUUCACACUGAAGGCUUUUGUUAGUUCAGUCGCUGUUGAUUUACUGGGUCUAUUCUGCUGCCUGUCUUAGUUAUUUUAUCUGAACUGACACUAUUUAUCUUGUACUCAUUUGAGUUUAUUUACAUGUUAUAUAUGAAGAUGUAAAUGAAGGUCAUUUCUAUUCACACUACAUAUCAAGACUGAGUAAAGCAUAUCCCAUCAGUUUUUUUUUUUUUUUAGACUAAAAUUGGUAUAUAGAUUAAUAAUGGUAUAGGGCACGUGAUAAACAUGCCGGUGAUGUCAUUUCCUGUGCACAGUUGAUGACAACUUCACUGACCAUCAAAUCACCUGUAGACACACAUCUCAUUGUAUGUGAAUCCUUAAAUAAGCUCCUUCACCUUUGAGAAAAGAGCCUUAAAAGUCCCACAGCCCUGUUUCUGAAUGUUCUUACUAGUGUUUCAACUAAACAAACUGUUUAAACCGCUGGGGCUGCAAAACUGUUCUUGGGGGAAUCUCAUGAAAAUAUGUCCAGAUUAUAUUGCACAAUAAGAAGAAAAAUAGAUUUUGCAAAAAGAAAGUAAAACUGAUUUUCAAGAUUUUGUUUUUUAAUCAUUUAAUUUAUUAUUUGCCCUUUUUUUCAUAACUAAGCACAUUUCCCUCCAAAUGCACCCAGAUGUUUGGUGGAAUGAAAUCUAAAUUUGGUAACACUUUACAAUAAGGUCUCAUAUGUUCACCCAAAAAUGAAAUUUAUGUCAUUAAUUACUCACCCUCAUGUCGUUAAGACUUUCGUUCAUCUUCGGAACACAAAUGAAGAUAUUUUUGAUGAAAUCUGAGAGCUUUCUGUCCCUCCAUUGACAGCUACACAACUACCACUUUGACGCUACAAAAAGUUCAUAAAGAGAUCAUAAAUCUAAUCCAUAUGAAUUGAGUGGUUUAGUCCAAAUUUUCUGAAGAGACACAAUCACUUUAUAUGAUGAACAGACUGAAUUUAGACUUUCAUUCACAUAUAAACAUUCAUCAACUCACACAUCAGUUGUGGUAAAUGGAAACUCGAGCAUGUUUGCUUGACAUGCGAGAACUAAUGAGGUUCAUUCUCAUGUGUUACGCCAACGCUAUCUCACAACCAAUUUGUAUGUAUUUUACGAUGUUGCUAAUUCGUACGAAUUUGUACGAUUUGUCUAAACCCCAGUGACAGGUAGGUUUAGGGGCGGGGUUAGGGGUAGGUCAUUCAUACGAAUUUAUGCGAAUUUGGCAACUUGUAAAAUGCAUACGAUUUAGCAAAAAACGUAUGAAUUCGUACGAGUGAGGUCAUACGAAUUUGUACGAAUUAGCCAUUUUGUAAAACACGUACGAAUUGCCAUGAGAUUGGGUUGGUUACGCAGAACGUUUGACCUUCUUCAAGAACCAACGAGGUUCAUUCACACGUUACGCAGCACAUUUGAGCUUCCAAAAGAGAUUAGUUCUCGCGCGUCAAUUAUGUUCGGUUGAGCUUCUGUUUAUGUUCGCUGAUCAAAGUUUAUAUGUGAAUAAAAGCAUAAAUUCAAUCUGUUCAUCAUAUAAAGUGAUCAUGUCUCUUUAGAAAACUUGGACUAAACUACUCAAUACAUAUGGAUUAGUUUUACGAUCUCUCUUUGAACUUCUUGAAGCGUCAAAAUGGUAGUUGUGUAGCUGUCAAUGGAGGGACAGAAAUCUCUCAGAUUUCAUUAAAAACAUCUUCAUUUGUGUUCUGAAGAAGAAUGAAAGUCUUACGACAUGAGGGUGUGUAAUUAAUGACAGAAUUGUCAUUUUUGGGUGAACUAUUCCUUUUGUUAACAUGAGUUACUAUGAACUAACAAUGAACAAUGCAUGUUUACAGCAUUUAUUUAUCUUUGUUAAUAUUAGUUAAUAUAAAUACAGUAGUUUGUUAGUUCACAAUGUGUUAAAUAAUGUUAACAGAUACAACUUUUGAUUUUAGAAAUGUUUUAGUAAAUGUAAAGACCUUAUUGUAAAGUGUUACCCUAAUUCUUUUGAAUUUGGGAUGAAAUUUGAUUGGGACAUGAUCUUGACAGGUUUGGUGAGAUUCGCUCUCUUACUCUGUGCCAAUCAAGCAAACCGUCUCGAUUGGCCAAAAAUUGUGCAGGUAAAGUCUGAUCUUUCAGAAUGUGUGUUUGCUCUGGCAGAGACAGACGUGUCUGCUGCUUAAUCCCCCACAAACAUGACUUUAUAUAAUUCCUGAUCCUAAAAUGUGCCAGGCGUAUCUGUAUUGUUGCUCGUGUGAAACACUAGUUACUCCCUCUUACUCAGUGCUGUUCAGUUUGAAGGAGUCCAUGGCAGCUUUUACCAAUGUACAUUAUAUUUUGCCUUUUUCUGUUUGUAUAUACAUGUUGUUAUGUUUGUUUACAACGCAAAUUGCUAGCAUCUUUAUUUAUUAUUUUUCCAAUUCUUUCUUUUUUUGAGAAAUAAGGAUCGGGGUUGCAUGUUGUACUGAAUUGAAGCAUCUUUUGUAAAGGGUGAAUCCCAGUGUUUUGGGCACGUCUAAGGCGACUAUUAGCGUUCUGUAUUUCUAAAUCAAAUCUGCAAAUUGGCAUUGCAGUCAACAUGACAAGCAUCUAGUAACAACUAAAAACACGUGUACUUGAUCAAAACAAAUCGAUAGGAUAUGUUCCAGAAAUAUUUUUAAAGCUGAUUAUACGGAACACUAAUAGCGUCUGGAGUCUAACAUAAUAACCACACUAUUUAAAUAUACUAAUUAUGAAACGGUUAAUACUGAGAAUUGUUUAGCAGUGUAUUUUGCUUGACUUUUGUGAUUUUUCCCGAUUAAUAUAAAGCUUGGCUAUAGUAAUCGAUGUCUUUGACUUCAAGACAUAUUUAAUAGUUUGGAGUUAGAAUCCACGUUUAUGGCACUUUAAUAGAGUUCAGCACAGUUUUGACUAAACGACAGCUUGAUUUACUCUCUAGUGCCCUCUGAGUAUGUAAUCAGUACUGCAGUUCUUAACUGGUUUAAGCUUUGCUGCACACGUAAAGGAUGCCAGUAUACAGCAUCCACAUCAAAUCAUUUGAGGUGAACCUGCUUCACACUGUAUUGUAUGUUAACCCACAGGCCGUACGUACAUGACUGAGAGAGAUCUCCAAGUGUUAAAUGGCAUUAAACUGCUGACUGCAACCGUACAUUCCUUGAUAUAAGCUAUGUGUUUAAACGAAUAGUUUGGGCAUGACGUGGUCUGAUGAAGACUGUAGAAUGACUCUGAUGACUUGAAUACGUUUUGGAGACUCUAAAUCUGGGCAUUCUUGACGAGAAGUGCAAAGGUGCCAAAGCCUUUCAGCUAGUCUGUGAAUACGAUAGGACAAAUGAAAGCAUUUCCUCCUCCUCUUUCUUUUUUUUCCUCCCUGUUACUGAUUGGCCACAGAAUGGUACAGAUUGUUGAGAAAUUCAUGUAGCAAAAUGAAAACUCAGUUAUGGUACACUGGUGCCAAUCAACUCUAAUAAACAAAAAAGAUAAAAAGACA